CUGCGCUUCUGUUUCUCUCUCCAGCAGCAGCUCUCGGAGCACUGGGAGCACUGGGACCAGUGUGUGCGCGCUUGCGGUGGAGCUGCACUGGAACAGGGGACGUGUGUGAGUACUAUCGCACUUUAAAGCGGGUGUGAGAGCGCUCUCGCACCCCUGUGUGUCCUCUCGCUCUCUCUCUCUCUCUCUCUCUCUCUCUCUCUCCUGAUGAACUGACUUCACUGCGACCGUGCUGAGACGCCGCUGCGCCUUCACUCGGGUUUAAGCGCGGACGGAUUUUUUUUGUCCUCUUUUCGCGCGGACUAUUUUCCUUCUUUUUGUCCUCCUCGGUGUUGGAGUUGUUCUGGGAGAAGUAGCGGUCCGUUUGGGCUUUCCUGCAGCUCGUGUAUGGUGAUGGAGUUUAGCUUGGCACUCGGAGCGCCUGGAUCGUGCCACAGAGGCGCUCGGUGAGCCGGACCGUGCCAGCCGAGCCGCACCAGGAUCUCCGUCCUGCUGCACCAGAACCCGAGCGGAUGGAAGAUGACCGCUGAAGACGUCCUGCCAAUGACCGACCGCUGACUCUCACCCAGCUUGGACAUAUAUUAAUCCCCCUCCCCCAACCACCCCCCCUGCACCUAACACAGUCCAGCCUUCCUCACACCAGCACUUACACUGUCCAGCAUCUGAAGGACCUGGAGAAUGAAAAUGACCGUUUCAGUGUGCGGCUGCCCGCUACUGUACGGCCUCCUGUUGGUCGUGGCCUUGUACCCCUGCUCCGAGGCGUUCAGUCGGGCGGCUCUCCCCUUCGGCCUGGUACGCAGGGAGCUCUCGUGCGAGGGUUACCCCAUCGACCUCCGCUGCCCGGGGAGCGACGUCAUCAUGAUCGAGACGGCCAACUACGGCCGCACGGACGACAAGAUCUGCGACGCCGACCCCUUCCAGAUGGAAAACAUCAAGUGCUACCUCCCAGAUGCCUACAAAAUUAUAUCUCAGAGGUGUAACAACCGGACCCAAUGUGUGGUCAUCACUGGUUCAGACGUCUUUCCUGAUCCAUGCCCCGGGACCUACAAGUAUCUGGAGGUCCAGUACGAAUGUGUCCCCUACAUUUUCAUCUGCCCCGGGACUUUAAAGGCGGUGGGGGAGCCGGUGUUCACCUUCGAGGGCGAGCAGCAAGCGGGCGCCUGGUGCAAAGACCCUCUGCAAGCGGGAGACAAGAUCUACUUCAUGCCGUGGACUCCGUACCGCACGGACACGCUGAUCGAGUACAACUCGCUGGAGGAUUUCCGCAACGGCCGGCAGAUGACGACGUACAAGCUCCCUCACCGCGUGGACGGGACGGGCUUCGUGGCCUACGACGGCGCCAUCUUCUUCAACAAGGAGCGCACGCGGAACAUCGUCAAGUUCGACCUGCGGACGCGCAUUAAGAGCGGCGAGGCCAUCGUGGCCAACGCCAACUACCACGACACGUCGCCGUAUCGCUGGGGCGGCAAGACGGACAUCGACCUGGCUGUGGACGAGCGCGGGCUUUGGGUGAUCUACGCCACGGAGCAGAACAACGGGCGCAUCGUGAUCAGCCAGCUCAACCCCUACACGCUGCGCUUCGAGGCCACGUGGGACACGGCGUACGACAAGCGCUCGGCCUCCGACGCCUUCAUGGUGUGCGGCGUGCUGCACGUGGUCCGCUCCAGCUACGAGGAGAACGAGAGCGAGGCCAGCAAGAGCCACAUAGACUACGUGUACAACACCAAGCUGAGCCGCGGCGAGUACACCGACAUCGCCUUCCCCAACAGCUACCAGUACAUCGCCGCCGUGGAUUACAACCCGCGGGAUAACCAGCUCUACGUGUGGAAUAACUUCUACAUCCUGCGCUACCAGCUGGAGUUCGGACCGCCCGAUCCUGACGAAGUGUCGACGGUCACCAACGACAUCACAUCAACCGCCUCACCCAGUAGAACCACGACGUCCACCAGCUUCAGCAGCAACCUCACCCCACGAGACCUAGCAAACUCCACCGUCACGGUCGGCCCCAAGCACGGCCGAGGGGCCCCGGAUCCCGCGCCCGAGAACUUCGGGAUCCCGGACCCGACCGGCACCAGCCCUCCACCGUCCAGCCGGCGCUUCUGCGAGAGCACGGAGACGAGGGACAUCGUGUGGCCCCGGACACACAGGGGGGUGACGGUCGAGCGACCGUGUCCCAAAGGAACCAGAGGUGUCGCCUCGUACCUCUGCACGGCGCUGAGUGGAACCUGGAACCCGAAGGGACCGGAUCUCAGCAACUGCACCUCACACUGGGUCACGCAGGUGGCGCAGAAGAUCCGGAGCGGAGAGAACGCCGCCAACCUGGCCAACGAGCUGGCGCGCCACACCCACGGCCCCGUGUUCGCCGGCGACGUCAGCUCCUCGGUCCGGCUGAUGGAGCAGCUGGUGGACAUCCUGGACGCUCAGCUACAGGAGCUCAGGCCCAGCGAGAAGGACUCGGCCGGACGCAGCUUCAACAAGGCCAUCGUGGACACGGUGGACAACCUGCUGAGGCCGGAGGCGCUGAAGUCGUGGGAGGACAUGAACUCCACCGAGCAGACCCACGCCGCCACCAUGCUGCUGGACACGCUGGAGGAGGGAGCCUUCGUCCUCGCCGACAACCUGAUCGAACCCGCCGUGGUCAAAGUGCCGGCCGAGAAUAUCAUGCUGGACGUUUACGUGUUGAGCACCGACGGUCACGUUCAGGACUUCAAGUUUCCACAGAGCAGUAAAGGAGGAGCCACCAUCCAGCUCUCAGCCAACACCGUCAAACUAAACAGCAAGAACGGUGUAGUGAAGCUGGUGUUCGUGUUGUACAAACACUUGGGACGCUUCCUGACCACGGAGAACACCACGCUCAGACUGGCAGGCGAGGGAGGAGUGAGGAACCACACGCUCACCGUCAACUCCCACAUCCUGUCCUCCUCCAUCAACAAGGAGUCCAGCAGGAUCUUCGUCUCCGAGCCGGUGGUCUUCACUCUCCAACAUCUGGACACUGAGAACUACUUUAACCCAAACUGCUCGUUCUGGAACUACUCGGAGAGGAGCAUGAUGGGAUACUGGUCCACUCAGGGCUGUAAGCUCCUGGGCACCAAUAAGACUCACACCAGCUGCUCCUGCAGCCACCUCACCAACUUCGCCAUCCUGAUGGUGCACCGAGGAUACGUGGGCGACGGCGGCGUCCACGAUCUGCUCCUGGGCGUGGUCACCCGUAUGGGCGUGGCCGUAUCCCUGGUGUGUCUGGCCAUCAGCAUCUUCACCUUCUGCUUCUUCCGCGGCCUGCAGAGCGACCGCAACACCAUCCACAAGAACCUGUGCAUCAACCUCUUCAUCGCCGAGCUCUUCUUCCUUGUGGGCAUCAACAUGACCGAACCUCCGAUGGUGUGCUCGCUGAUCGCCGGGAUCCUGCACUUCUUCAUCCUGGCGGCGUUCUCCUGGGCGUGUCUGGAGGGCGUGCAGCUCUACAUCAUGCUGGUGGAGGUGUUCGAGAGCGAGUUCUCCCGCCGCAGGUACUACUACGCCGUCGGGUACCUGUUCCCCGCCCUGGUGGUCGCCGUCUCGGCCGCCGUCGACUACAGGAGCUACGGCACCAAGAAAGCCUGUUGGCUGAGAGUCGAUAACCACUUCAUCUGGAGCUUCAUCGGCCCUGUGGCGUUCGUCAUAAUGCUCAAUCUGGCCUUCCUGGUGGUGACGAUGGUGAAGAUGGUGAGGAACUCCACGUCCGUGAAGCCCGACUCCAGCCGCCUGGAGAGCAUCAGGUCCUGGGUGCUGGGUGCGUUCGCCCUGCUGUGCCUGCUGGGUCUGACCUGGUCGUUCGGCUUGUUCUUCCUGAACGAUUCGUCUGUGGUCAUGACUUACCUCUUCACCAUCUUCAAUACCCUACAGGGGAUGUUCAUCUUCAUCUUCCACUGCCUGCUGCAGAAGAAGGUGAGGAAGGAGUAUGGGAAGUGUUUCCGGCAGUCGCAGUGCUGCGGCGCCCUGCCGGUCGACAGCACCCACAGCGCAGGAAAAGCCUCGGCGUCGCGCUCCACGGCCAGAUACUCCUCCGCUACUCAGAGUCGAAUCAGGAGGAUGUGGAACGAUACGGUGAGGAAGCAGUCAGAGUCCUCAUUCAUCUCCGGAGACAUCAACAGCACCUCCACGCUAAAUCAAGGCCAGCACUCUCGGACCAACAGCCGAGACGCCAGUGCCAUGGACACGCUGCCCCUCAACGGCAACUUCAACAGCAGCUACUCGCUGGACGACGCCGCCUUCGAAAAGAUGAUCAUCUCCGAGCUGGUGCACAACAACCUGAGACCGCGCGGGCAUCUUAGGUGCCCGGAGGACCCCGAGCGCCCGCCCAACCCGGACCGAGCCCUGCCGGGUCGCCACGGCGAGGACGACCUCCACGUGACCGACCACCCGGCGCUGGAGCUGCUCCUUCGGCCGCACCACCGCGAGGUCCUGGAGGUGCCUCUGCUCCCGGAGCGGACUCACUCGCUCCUGUAUAGCGCCAAGCAGGCCUCGCGCCAACACGACAGGCACGGGCAGGACGCGCAGGACGACGGGCCGGCGCAGACCGAGGCCACGCCCUCGACGGAUAACAGAGACUCCGUGUACACGAGCAUGCCCGACCUCAGAGACUCGUCCUCUUCUCUGUGCCCCACGGACAGACAGGACGAGGGCCCGGGUUCUGACCAGCCCUGCCACAAAAGCCUGCCCGAGCUGGGCGACGCUGCCCAGCCAGGAUCCUACUACCAAGUCAGUGAGCACGGGUUCGAGGCCGAGGAGCGUCAGGCGGCUGAAGGUGAGACGCCCACGGACGGGCAAAUGCAGCUCAUCACCAGCCUCUGAGACCGCACCACACAGACGCGACUCUGUUUUUACCCCUUUAGUCAUUUUUUUAAAGACCACUCCGGAGGUGGCACGAGCGAGAAUAAAAGCGCUUGCAGGAAAGGCUGGCACUGUCCGGGCACUGGCUACUUUUUUUGUAUGAUAUCCUCGAACCUACAGUACUGUAUCGACUUUACAAACAAAGGACACGAACAUGCCGAUGCUAGUUUUUGUUUUUCUAGGUUUUUUUUUUUUUCUACGAGGUUAGAAUCGACCCGAGGAUCCUCCAGAGACUUCGACUCGAGGAAUCGAACCCAAAAAGCGCCCGGGUCGUCCACGACUCCCGGCACGGACUAAAAAAAGAGAUAAAAAACGUACGAAGAACUAAAAUAGGCAGAAAGAAGAAGAGAAGAACCACUACUCCUGACUCAGGCCUUAUAUUUUGUCUAUUGCACAUUAAAGAAUGAGCGCUAAAGAAAAUAUAUUUUGCUGUACCGCAAGUGGGACGAAAUAUUAAAUAAUAAUAAUAAUAAUAAUAAAAAGACGCUAAAAUAAAUGCUAAAUAAAAAUACCACGGCAACCGUGAGAUUUCAACAAAGACGUUUUGAGAAACAGGGUUGCACUUUUUUCUGUAUUAUUUUCUAUUAUUAUUAUUAUUUGUUUUUGUUUGUUGGUUGGUUGUUUGGGGGGGGGGGUUUGAAAUCUUCUCACACUUCGUCUGUCAGAGAAGCUUCGAGGACACGGACUCACGUUCCCGCUUCCACUCGUGAGCUCGUUCUCGACCUAAAGAAGCUCCGUCUUGCACAGAUUGGGAUGAAUUGUAAUUUAUUUGCGUGUGAAAUGCUCGGCCCCUGAUUGCCAGGAACAGGAAAUCGAUUCUUUGUACGUGUCGACACGACGUCUUCUAGGAAAACAAGAAAAACAACAACAACAGCAACAUAUCUGAGCAUUUGACGCUAAAUAAUUUAUCGGAUGGAGUAACAGUGAUGAAGAAAGGAGUGAGAAUAAACACUGCUCAUGUCCAUUCAAUUCUUUUGUUUUGUAGGAACCGUUGUCGGAUGUAAAUGCAACUCUUGAUAUCAAAUAAAUGUGACAAUUUUUUCCCA